GUUAAGAAAGAUAAACAUGAAGUCAAUCAUGUCAAGCGUGUCAAAGCUCCAACAGCUUCCGGAAUCAUUUAAAAUAUGCAUUGUGCAAGAUUGCUGAAUGUAAAACAACAAAUAUCAAAUGUGAGAAAUUUUCGGGUUUUUCUUUCAGCCAUUCACACGCUGAAUUAUUUCAUCACAACGACCUCUCAAAUUCCAAACCUACCAAAGUACUGGGAGGUCGCCUAUGUUGAUGGCCUUCAGAUUGUGCGAUUUGACGGCAACAGCAGGAAAACGAAAGCCAAACAGGACUGGGUGAACAAAAUCGCAACAGAGGAUCCACACUUCUGGGCGAGAGAGACAUGCAACAGUAUUGCCAAUGAGCAGGUUCUCAAAGUCAGCAUUGAAAGCGUGAAAAAGCGCUUCAACCAAACUGGAGGUGUUCACAUGAUCCAGAGGAAAAUUGGCUGUGAAUGGGAUGAUGAAACUGGUGAAGUUGAUGGUUGGGAACACGACUGUUAUGACACAGAAGACUUCAUAUCAUUUGAGCUGAAGACGAUGAGAUGGAUCGCAGCACAUCAACAAGCUUUCAUCACAAAAAACAAUUGGGACCGGUUGGAUUUUUUAAAUGAACACUGGAAGCAUUUCCUCACUGAGAUUUGUCCUGCCCAGUUGAAGAAGCAUGUGAGACAUGGGAGGGACUUCCUAAUGAGAACAGGUACAAUGGCCUCUCUCACAUAUCAUUCUUUCAUUUGUCCUCUCGCGUUCUCUCUUUCCUCCUCUCAUCCAUUCCCUUCAUCUGUCGAUCACAUCCUCACAUGCUCUCACUUUCUUUUAUCCCAUUGUCGCACUGCAGUGAAGGUUGUUUGUGUUUGUCUCGUGACUUCCUGUUUUAUUUCGAAAGACUUGCCUUUCCUCCUGUGCCAGUCUGAU